AUGUCUCUUAAGCCGAGUAAACCCCCGCUCCAACAGCGCGAUGGAAGCCUUGUUCUGAUAGUUGUCAGCCAUGCAGACGAAAAACACACCAAGAGCCUUGAACAAGAGGAAGAAGUUGACAAACCCCAAGGAACUCAAACCUCCAUCUCCCAGCUCCUCCCAGCUAGUCACAAACCGGUGGCGGGCGUGCAGGCUGUAAGAACAAGUAAUGCAAAACAGGAAACUAUCCCAGAGGAAUUCUUAGCGUAUUUCUGCGUAACAGAAGAACGCCGUAGCAGCUGCAACAGUGAACGUAGCGAUCCAGAAUGGCCAGGCAGUGAACGGCUCGGCAGUGAACGGCUCUGGGGUCAGUGUCGCUGCUCUGAACGGCCAGACGAGUGUCCCCAUCAUGAACGGCAUGAACGUGAACAACCACACCCACACUAUGAACGGCACCGUAGCCAGCAGCAUGGCUAUGAACGGCAGCCUCGUGAACGGCACGGGAAUGAACGGACAGAUCUCGUCAUCAGUAGCCUCGCCCUAUCAGCACCUGCCGGUCACCUCGACCAAUCAGCAUCUCGUUGUCUCCUCGCCCUAUCAGCCGCACCCCGUGACGUCAUCGAAUCAGCUGAUUAUGUCGUCAUCGGUGACGUCACCUUACCAGCCCCCUCCGCUCCCCCCACGAGUCGGAACUCACCGCUCCGCCGCCGACCUUCCGCAGAGCUCGCACUCGCCCGGCGCAGCAGGAGGUGCGCACAGCGUGUACAAGCCUGUACCGCCCCCAAAGCCGUACGGCAGUUCAGCAUCAGCCUCCCACUCGGGGCCCGGCGCUGGCCUCAGCACGGAGGAGCAGCAACAGCAGGCAGGAACAUCAAGGGAGCAGGUGGCGGCCGUUAUUGGGUCGGCGCUGCAGGCAGGUCCACCCCCUCUGCUGCCCCACAUUCUCGUGACGGAUCAGGGUCACUUCCACACGCACUCGACAAAGUUUCCUAUCGAGACCAAGGGGGGCCCCGCCAGCCUCUUUACCCGCAGCCCGCCUCGCCUCUCCGCGGGGCGCUCGGCCACCCUCGGUCGCGGCGUGGGCGGGCUCUCUGACCUGACCGCCGCGAUGGGCGUGCCAGCGAAGGGCAGCACCUUGCCACGGUCCACUCGCAUGCCGUCUCUGCUCGACCUGAGGCCGCCCGCGCACUCAGCCGCCGCGCCUCACACACACACGCAUCACGCCCACGCGCCGCCUCAC